AGCUAACCUAACCCAUCCUCUUGUACAGAAUUAUUGUUGAUACCGUUGAUACCUUAACCGAAAAUGGUGUCUGUUGAAAAAUGAGUACAGGAUCUCCCUAACUUCGGAAUAGCUCAUAUAUUAGAAGAAUGAAUUUGUGAUAUUAAAUUUAAGUAUGUGAUUUUGUAUGAAUGUGUCGGCGAAGUAUUAGAUUAUCAAUAUAACAGGGUAACGACACUGCACUUUCGCGAAUCAACAUUACUUGGUCAUCAAAGUAAUGUGCUAACUGGUCUUAGUUACCAAGUUCACUCGAUUAUCAGGAUUGCACAUAGUGGCAAAUUAUAAAAUUUGUAUUAAAUUGAAAUUUACAUAAACAUCCACGAUGGAUCAAAUGCUCCCGAGUCCGGGAUUCAGCAUCCCGAGUAUCGGCACACCGUUACAUCAACCUGAAGAGGAUCAACAAAUAUUGCCGAAUGCGCUACAACAACAACAACAAGUCCAACAAAAUCAACUACAGCAAAUGCAUCCGAUGGGUUCAAACGUACACGGAAUGCCAAUGUUGGGUACACCGCACAAAACCAUGCACACUUAUGCUCCGGCAUUUGCAACGCCGCAAAGUCUUAUGCAGCCACAAACACCGCAAAAUAUGAUGUCGCCUAUGGUUCAACCAGCGAGUCAAAUAGCUCCCCCUUCAAUCGGACCGUCAACUCCAGGCCCGAUGACACCAAUGACGCCUGCUUCCGCUGAUCCUGGAAUUCUACCCCAGCUUCAGAACAUUGUGUCAACGGUGAAUCUCAACUGCAAGCUUAACUUGAAGGAAAUUGCGCUACAUGCUAGAAACGCCGAGUAUAAUCCGAAACGAUUUGCAGCAGUUAUAAUGAGGAUAAGAGAACCCAGAACUACUGCCUUGAUAUUCAGCAGCGGAAAAAUGGUAUGUACCGGCGCUAAAAGUGAAGAGGACUCUCGCCUGGCUGCCAGAAAAUAUGCACGUAUCAUACAGAAGCUUGGAUUUCCAGCUAAAUUUUUGGAUUUCAAAAUUCAAAAUAUGGUUGGAAGCUGCGAUGUCAAAUUUCCCAUCAGAUUAGAAGGACUUGUAUUAACGCACGGCCAAUUCUCUUCGUACGAACCAGAACUAUUCCCUGGCUUGAUAUAUCGAAUGGUUAAACCCCGUAUUGUGUUGCUUAUAUUUGUUUCUGGCAAAGUUGUAUUGACUGGUGCAAAAGUACGGCAAGAAAUUUAUGAAGCUUUCGAUAACAUAUAUCCAAUUCUGAAGAGUUUUAAGAAGCAGUGAUUCCCAACUGAAUCUGACGAUAUUUUUGAUACCCCGAUGAAAGAUUAGUCUUCUAAAAUCAUUUUAUUAAUGCUGCUAUUUGCAGAGGUGUACAGAACGACGAGUGUUCGUUAUUUGUUAAAAAAAAAUAACUGAAAUAGCAACUACUGAAAAUGUUAUUGUACAAGACAAUUGACACGAAGUACUAUCGGUUUUUUGCGAGCACUUAUAUAUUCUUACAGGCUGACAGGUGCCUUAUGCCGCAAAGCCGUUAUCUUUUAUGAACAAUUCUUAGAUUAAGCUGUUGAUUCUGGGCUUUGCCGUUAAGUAAUGAAAAAUAAAGUUAGUGUACCAAGUA